AUGAAGGACAGCAGCAGCAGCAACAUCUCCAGCAGCAGCACAGCAGGGAUGCCCCAAGCUGUAGCGGCUACAUCCAACAGCAGUGCCACGCCCAGUACGCCCAGCACCCCCACAGCCGGACAUGCAGCGGCGGAGACAGCAGCCGCAGCCGCAGCAGCAGCGGCACAAGCAGCCGCCACAUCGCAGCAGACGCCGCCACAGCAGCGUGGCAAGAGCAACAUCCACGAGCUGCGGAACCAGGACUACGUGAGUCGCCUGAUGGCCGCCACGCCGCCGUAUCUGUACUCGGCGCCGGUGGGGCCAAAUAAUUUCUUCUUCAGCGACAUGCUGCGGACCCUCGUGCAGGCCCGCAACAAUGAGACAGCUCGCGUGUUGCAGUUGCAGCAACAGCAACAGCAGCAACAGCAGCAACAACAGCAGCAGCAACAGCAGCAGGCGGCCCUGGUGCGGCGUCCCCGUAAGCGAUCCUGGUCGCAUCGUCCCUACUACGAGCAACUAAGGGAACGACGCGAUGCGGAGGAGAAGCAGCAACAGCAACAGCAGCAGCAGCAGCAACAGUUGCAGCAUCAGCAACAUCAGCAGCAGCACCAGACGGUGGCAGAGAAGCCCCUGGAGCUGACAAACAAGACCAUGACACCCUAUGGCUAUGCCAAGCUGGAGGGGAAGACCCCAACAGUCGCAGCAGCUGCCCCACCAGCACCACCAUCCGGCGGCACCACCACCAAAGGCGGCCUGGGCGGAGCGGUGGACAGUUCGAUGCAGGACAACACACCGCCGGCAGCAUCAUUACCGCCACAGGAUUUGGUCCUGCCACCGCCACCACCCGUGUGGUAUCCCCCGCUGUAUGCCCCGUACGGCAUCGAUCCGCUGCACUUCUUCAUCGACCUGCGCGUCUCCGGGCACAUCUACGACCGCAAGAAGGAGAAUGUCUCGCCAUUGUCCAGCAGCAACAAUGCGCUGGCCGCCAGCGGCGAGGACUCCUCACCCGGCUCCAAUUCGGGGACAGGUACCAUGACCGGAACGGGUGCCGGCUCUGUUUCCGCUUCCGGCCUGGCCAGCAAUCUGUUGAGCAAGCAGCGCCACGGCUCCGCCUUCACCGUGCCCAUACCCAAGUCGGCCCAAAACGAUGCCAUCAACCUGUGCUCCAACGGAUCCGGCGGCAUGGCAGCCGGUGGUGGGACUCCCACUGGAGCUGGAGGCGCCCCGGGCGGAGUCUCCGCUUCUCUGGGGAAAUUCGAGCACUACGCCAAGUAUUACGAUCUCGGGGAGAGCAAGGAGAACCAUCCGGCGGCCUCGAGCACGGCGGCCAAUCUGUCCGCGGCCGCUGCCGCCGCCGCUGCUGCGGCCAAUCUGUCCAAAUCCGGAGCCAGCUACAUGCUGCAGCACUUGCCCCGUCUUUACAGCCAGUUUGCGGCGCAUCAGGCCCAGGCCCAGGACAUGGACGCCAGGUCAGAGUCGGCCUCGGUCACGGCCUCCGUGUCCGCUCCCGAUCUGUGCGACGAGGACUCGUUGGGACGCGGCUCGAACGACACCACCGCCGGCCUGGACUCCGGCAAUAUGCAGGGCAACUGCGACAUCGACGUGGAGAUUAUCGACUCGAUCAAGUACCGGACGGAUGGAGAAAGCAGUCGCUGUUCGAGCAACGAUGAGGCCUCCAUCACACAGAUCGAUUAGAGAUCGGUCUGGUAUUGCCUCAAGCCAAAUGUCGUACAGCUCUUGUGAAUGAAUAAAGAUAUUUAGU